UAAUUAGACAUGGGCAAAGGAAAUCCUAAGAAGCCGAAAGGCAAAAUGUCAUCAUAUGCAUUCUUUGUGCAAACUUGCCGAGAGGAGCACAAGAAGAAGCACCCAGAUGCUUCAGUCAACUUCUCAGAGUUUUCUAAGAAGUGCUCAGAAAGGUGGAAGACCAUGUCUGCUAAAGAGAAAGGAAAAUUUGAAGACAUGGCAAAGGCGGACAAGGCCCGUUAUAAAAGAGAAAUGAAAACUUAUAUCCCCCCUAAAGGGGAAACAAAAAAGAAGUUCAAGGAUCCCAAUGCACCCAAGAGGCCUCCUUCGGCCUUUUUCUUGUUUUGUUCUGAGUAUCGCCCCAAAAUCAAAGGAGAACAUCCCGGCCUAUCCAUGGGUGAUGUUGCAAAGAAACUGGGAGAGAUGUGGAGUAACACCGCUGCAGAUGACAAGCAGCCGUAUGGAAAGAAGGCUGCUAAGCUGAAGGAAAAAUAUGAAAAGGUUAUUGCUGCGUACCGAGCUAAAGGAAAGCCUGAUGCGGCAAAAAAGGGAGUUGUCAAGGCUGAAAAGAGCAAGAAAAAGAAGGAAGAGGAGGAAGAUGAGGAAGAUGAAGAUGAAGAAGAAGAUGAUGAUGAUGAAUAAGUUGGUUCUAGCGCAGUUUUUUUUUUUUCUCGUCUAUAAAGCAUUUAACCCCCCUGUACACAACUCACUCCUUUUAAAGAAAAAAAAUUGAAAUGUAAGGCUGUGUAAGAUUUGUUUUUAAACUGUACAGUGUCUUUUUUUGUAUAGUUAACACUACCGAAUGUGUCUUUAGAUAGCCCUGUCCUGGUGGUAUUUUCAAUAGCCACUAACCUUGCCUGGUCCAGUAUGGGGGUUAUAAAUUGGCAUGGAAAUUUAAAGCAGGUUCUUGUUGGUG